GACCAACUAUCUCCGUUCACAACAAAUACGCCGCCUACAAAUUUUCAUUCAUUAUCAACUGUACAGGUGCAAUAGAAAUCGAUACAGUACACACAUCUGCAGUGCAAUCUCGCCAGCAGCUACCCAGAAGCAUGACGCUCAAGACCAUUUAUGUGGUGCGCCACGGUUUUCGCUCAGCCUGGUCUGUGGAUCAAUAUGGAAACUAUAGAGCCUCAAUUCCAUCACCUACUGGCAUUGCUGCUGACCCGGCUCUGACAUCACACGGCAUUAAACAAGCACGGGAGCUGGCCACGCACUUGGCCCAAAUCGAACCGCCUGUAGAUGUUGUCUACUCUAGUCCAUACUACCGCUGCUUACAAACUAUUGCUCCGUUUGUGGAGCAGCAGCAGAGCCUCCACAGUCAGGGCAGACUACAUGCUGGUGCCGGGGUCGACACAACCAAGAUCCGGCCCGAGUUUGGCAUGUGUGAAUGGUUUGGCGCGGCACCAUUUGAACACCCACAGCCAGCAGAUGCACAAACGCUCAAGGAUCUGAUACCCGCGUAUGAUGAAACUUACAUCCCAAAGGUGCGGCCGCCACCAACCGGAGAAACCUAUUCGCAGCUGCAGCGACGAGUAUCAGCUGGUAUUGCAGCAAUUAUCGACCAAUGUAACGCUGAAGGCAAAACUUCAGUCGUUGUGUGCACGCACGCUGCUGUCGUGAUUGUUCUGGGCCGAGUCUUGACGGGCAAGAUCCCUGCGGACAUGGAUAUAGACGACUUCCAGGCCUUCACUUGCGGGGUGAGCGUGUACACGCGGGAUAAGACAUCGUCAAGUGGCCUGCCAUCGAACAGCAAGGAUACAGGACUAGGUGACUGGACCUGUGAGAAAAACAGCGACUGCAGCUUCCUGAGUCAAGGUGCUGAACGCGGCUGGUGAGUGAUUGUGCGUCUUUUUGGGGCGACGCGAACAGAGCCCUUGCAGACACGCGUAUUUUCUUUUUCCUUUUCUCUAGAAUCGCCAACGACUGGGUUUGAUGACAAGAGCUAACCUUGCAUGCUGCAUCGCAGGAAAUUCGCUGGCGACGAGUCGUUCCCGGGAACUGGCUCCAUGUCGCAAGACGACGUCGAGCCCAAACUUUGACGAAUGAUAGAAAAGAACAAAAUCUGCCGUUUAAAUACCAUUGAGACAUGGGUCUCGGGUUCGGUGGCUUCGCAACCGGCAGACUCGGGCCUGUCCUUGUGCCGCAACGACAACAAGGUGGUGGCGUCCUGCAGCGAAAUGGUUCCCAGACAUGUCCUUUGUCUUGCCCGUUUAGACGGAAGGCCAGCUGGUAGCAGACCCUAGGCUUUUGCCGAGAACUAGUCGACUUGGCGUUGUCUAGCUAUGCAGUUGCGAUUGGUCUCUUUCAUCAGUGUAUUGAGAGGCAAGAUGGAGGGCUAGGCUUGCCUUUGUACGAACACGAGCAAGAAGAGGCAACAAAGGGCGGUUUAGAAUUAGAGCAUCGAACCCCAGAGCAGCUCAUCCCCGAAUCACGCCGCUUCAUGAUCAGCACAGGGUUUUGAGAACGAUUUAUUGGAUGUAUGGGCCCGAAGAGAACGCUGCGGAGAGUCACAAUCCCCUACGCGGCUCCUUUCAACUGGAUUGGGGGCUGUGGUUGAUCCAGCAUCUGUGGUGAUGGCGGUCUGCAUGAAAAAGCAGCCAUGGCAGGGUAGUUUAAUGAGGCAUGAGCCACAAAGAAAAGCUGUUCAUUUGCCACUGAGGCUAAUGCAAGAAUAAGAUUGUGACCUUCCGGUUUUCGUGGCGAUGCAAGCCAAGUUUGGGUGCCUGUACUGCUGAAGGGAUGCGGCGUUCGACGUUGUCGCCUGGCCAGGAGCCCCUUGCGUGGCCAUUUUAUUCAAGUGGGCACGUGUACCUUGCAUCGAAAGACCCUCUCAUGCAGGCUGCUCAAAUUGGGAAAUGUUUUCAUCAUGUGAGCCAAAUUUGUGUGCGUAAUGGCGUCACUGCUAGAGGCGAGCUGGAGCGCCGCUCAUGCGCGCCGAAUCCAAGGAUGCUACCGGGCGUAUCUGGGUAACAGGAUCGGAAGCCUUACAAUUUCAUAUAGAUGAUAAUAUGGGAUGAACCCUAUUAAAACGCCUCAACGAUCAUGCUUACUGCAUUGCCAAAAGGUGAUUACAAUUGACGUCCCUUAAUUCGCAUGCCGGACCUAUUCUGGGAUAGUUCGUCAAGCAAACAGACUGCAGUCGAUUAAACACGAUCUGUUCCUGCAUGAGCUAUAAACGGGAGAAGUUUUGAGGUUGUGAACCUUUUCCGCAAGUAGCGGCUACAAGCAAAGCAAAACUUACGGCCUUUGGGAGGGGACGGAGUGGACAGUUUGCUUUUGCUCAGCGAAUCGACGGAGUCACGAGAAGCGGCUGAUGUGUACCUGACGCCUCCAUCCGUUAUCGUCAAGAGAAGACACGGGCCAGGGUAGUUUAAUUGAGUGGUUUCAGGGCUGCGGGAGGAAAAGCAAGUGGCGAUGCGGUGCUGAUACGACAGAACCGUGUCCUGGGGGAGCCACCCUGGCGGCGUUGUUUCUUUUUCCCAAACUGGUGCCUCUUGUUAUUCCUUUUCGCACUGCUGAAGGAAGUACAACCCCUGUAUCAAAAGCAAAGCCAACUUCUGCAAAGGCUUGGUACCUGAGCCAAGAAAAAAAGGUGUUCGCAAAGCAAAAUGAGUUGCAACUGCGGGGAGAUACCCUGGUUGGUGAUGUUGGUUCCAGGUCUAUCGUUUCAGAAGCCAUUCGCCUGAACGGUGGCGACUACGGAUAAUACAAGCCUCAAAAAUUCCUAAGCUUUACAAUGCAAUUGACGGAUGCUUUUUUGAAUCACCGCAAGCGGCGAGACGGAAGUGGCCCGUAGACAAUGCGCAAG